GUCUACAAUUCAUCUAUCCCCUCAUCUCUCUUUCUUUCUAACUUCAUCUUUUAACAUUUCAUAAAGACAUAGACAUGGUUUUCCGAAAAGAAUUUCAGAUGUCUGGUUUCCUCUUCGUUUUCUUGUUUUGGGUUCUUGUUUUUAGUUCUAAUGGAAUAGGAGGAUUAUCUGCAGUAGGUAAGAAUAUUGAUGAUAAUGGUUUUAAAUCAACGUUGAAGACGUGCAAUUUCCCUGCGGUUUUCAAUUUUGGAGAUUCAAACUCGGACACUGGAGGUCAUUCAGCUGCAUUUUAUCCGAUCGGUACUCCAAAUGGAGAAACUUUCUUUGGAAAGCCGUCUGGAAGGGCCUGUGAUGGUCGUCUUAUUGUUGAUUUUAUGGCCGAGGAAUUGGGUUUAGCCUACUUAAGAGCAUAUCUGGACUCACUUGCAUUGAGUAGUUUCAAAAAUGGAGCCAAUUUUGCAACCGGAGGAUCACCCAUAAGAAAAGACAAGGGUUAUAGCCCAUUUCAUCUUGACGUCCAGAUAGCUCAAUUCCGACAAUUUAAAGCUCGAACCAUUGACAUUGUUAACUCUACCCAACAGGAAAAAGUUAAAGCAGAUUUACCGAAACCAGAAGAUUUCUCCAAGGCUUUAUACACACUCGACAUCGGGCAAAACGAUCUUCAAUUUGGUUUAUCUACACCAGAAGGAGCACGUGCUAUAAUUCCUGAAAUCCUUGAUCUGUUCUCCACAGCAGUACAGCAACUUUACGGUGAAGGUGCAAGGGUGUUUUGGGUGCAUAACACAGGACCUAUUGGAUGUUUACCUAGCAACAACAAAUACUACUAUGGCAAGGAGCCGUUGGACAAGAAUGGGUGUGUGAUAUCUUUGAAUGACAUAGCUCAAGAAUUCAAUAGGCAACUCAAGUCCAAGUUAGCCCAACUCAAGGCCAACCUCACUGGUGCAGCCUUUACAUAUGUUGAUGCUUAUACAGCUAAAUACAACCUUAUCAACUCUGCCAAGGAUCAAGGUCUUGUUGACCCCCUCGACUUUUGCUGCUGUCCUGGAAAGGUAGUUGUAAACGGCACGGUGUAUAGCGGCCCUUGUGCAAAUCCGUUAACACAUAUCAGCUGGGAUGGAAUACAUUAUUCGGAGGCAGCUAAUCAGUGGGUUGCUAAGUUCAUACUAAAUGGUUCUAUGUCAGACCCAUCGGUUCCAAUCAGUCAAGCUUGCUAUGCUUAAUGAUGUGUGAUUAUUGCCACCAUACCAUCAUCGUGUCGUCAUACAGUUAUUAUGUAUCCUGAUUACAAAAGCCAGAAAAAUACAUGUGAAGAAACUUGUGACUUAUAGUUACCAAACAGGGAAAUAAAAUAAAAUCAGUUUUUUGCUAUUAUAUUCUACAGAGAGCCAUGCCAGUAAAUGUUAAUUUCGUUGUCUAUUAUGUCACUGUGACAAAAUGACACAAAUUAGCUAGUAGAGGAGUAUUUCUGAAGUUUUGAAA